AUGACCAAGGACCCCGAUCGAAUACUUGUACGUGAAGCUCAUGCUACUAUCAAGAAAGAAUUGCAUCGACGCAAGCAAGACAUUCGACAACGUACCGAAUUCCUUAUCGCUGCUCUGCGAGCUCAAUGUAUGUCGAUGGUAAACGAGUUACCGGCUUCAGUACGAAAAAUGACGAUGCGUGAGUUUUGUCAUAUCUACGGUGCCGAUACAGCAUUGUACCUACGUCAAGAAGCCAAACGAAGAAUGCAAAGGGUGAUCCAAGAGCAACACCGGCCACGUGAAGAGCAUCAAGUAGUGCAUGAUCAUUCAUCAAAAGACGAGGUAGUUCAUCAGGAUGAGCAGGAUCAGCUUCGCAUGGAUCAACAACAACAACAACCUACAAAUGAUGUACAUGAUCUACAACAGCAUUCACACGAUGAUAUCGACCAUCAACCACAACCUCCUCCUACCAACAACAACAACAGUGAUCAUGAUCAGGAUCUUAGUUUUCAAUUGGGUCCAUCACUGCAAUAUCAAACGACAAGCUACGACGACGAUGAACCUCCAAUGGGUACCAUCUUUUUACAUAUGGAUCGACAAAACCAUCCUCGCGUGAGAUUUCAAUUGGAUCCUUUACAAAGCGUUGACCAACUUGGCGAAUUCUCUAUUGACACGCCCCGUGACAUUAUACAACAAAUGACACAUCGACAACGUGUUCGUAUUUGCCAGCAAAUCGAGGAUAUCCAAAACAAGCUUGAGAAUGCCAAAUCCUGCUUCGAGCCUGACAAUGAGUAA